AUAGGCACUCUAACCUUUGUGUGGAGAGGGUUGCACCGCCAUUCAUCCAUUGGAGAGCGUAUGGCUUGACCCUGAUUUCGGCGUGAGGGGUGUGGCUGAGUGACGUCGCCGAAGGAUGGGAGUGGUGUCAGGGCGAGACCCCGAUGACGUCACAAGGUCCAGAGUUAUUGGUGAGCACAGCUCUCGGACUAUGUGUGCUGUGCUUACAUGGCAUUGGGGGACGGGCAUAUAAAGAACCCUCAUUGCAGCUAACAGAAGUCACAAAUUCCCCAGCAAAUUUACUAUCACACAGUCACACAACUGAAAAGGCGAGGUUCACACCUAGCAGAAACUCAAAACACCACUCCCUGUAGAACAACCACAAAAAGCACAAGUGCACACAUCACACGAGGGAAAAACCAAAAGCAAAAAUGCCUCUCGACAACUCUCAGAACCAGGGCGUCACCGGCGCCGCCAAGUUCGUCACGAGCACGCUGGGCAACGCGGUCGGCGGCGUGGGCAGGACCGUCGGCAACGUGACGGGAGCCGCGGGCCGGGGCGUCGGCGAGACCAUCACUAGCACGACGGGCAGCGCGGGCAAGCCCGUGGGCGACGCCAUCAGCGCGCUGGGCAACGGCGUGCAGGACGGCGCGACGAGCGUGAGCAAGGGCGUCGAGAACGCGGGCCAGUGGAAGCGAUAAGGGCCCUGUCCUGAUGCGGGAGCGUUGUCCGGGGGGGAUGAUGGAAAUCUGGCUUACCUUGACCGGCCUUGGAAGGGUCUGGGAGUGACAUGGGCUUGUUGUUUGUCUAAUCGUUUUCAAUGUCGAUUUUGAUCAAAAUCCUCUAAUAUUCCCGUUUCUGCCUCCGUGAAUGUGCAGAAAUAUACCAAUUGUGGCGUGGAAUUAUCUAUUCGUGCGAAACCUGGACAAACGACAUGAACACUGUUACAUCCAUUGAGCACCCCCAUCUUUGUACAGAAUAUGGCUUUGGAUCCGGUAC